AUGGCCACCACAACGUCAGUAGGUCUCCUCCACACGCACGCGCACGCGUCGCUGAGCAAGCCCAUCGCCCAGCGCACCACCGGCCUGCUCUCCCACGAGCCAUGCGUCCCCUCGCAACUAUCCUCCGUCAAAUUCCUCUCCGGCUGCGAUUCCUUCCCGAACGCCAAACUCUCUGCCACCUCCGCAUCAUCAGGCUCCCUAUGCGUCCCCAGCGCGUUCCCCGCGGAGAAGCGGGGCCUUAGAGUGGUAGCGGGCGGGCCCGGGUUGGCGGGCGAGCAGGAUCAGGGGCAGCAGGGGUCCUCGGACGACUUUCCGCCGGUGCCGUCUGGGCGGAUGAUGGUACCGAUGAUGAAGAAGGGCUACGGUGCUUUCGGCGGCGGUGGAGCCACGCUUGAGAAGUCGAAGCUCGACCUGUCUUUCUCGGCCACCAAGACCACCCCGCAGAUUGACCUGGGCGGUGGAGGCGGUAACGUCGGUAAGGGCGGAACGCACGGCGGAGGCGACGGCGGUGACGACGGUGGCGACGAUGACGACUACUUCGGCGAGGACGACGGCGACGACGGCGAUGACGACGGUUUCAUCCGUCGAGCGAUCAUCUCCGAGGUGUUCGACAGGGCGUCGGUGGAGGCAGUGCUGCAGGAGUGGUUCCGAACCAUGGCGGACCUUCCUUCCGGCAUUAGACGAGCGGUUGAAAUGGGUCUGGUGAGCUCGGCGCAGGUGGCGCGAUUCAUGUCGAUCGACGCGCGCCCCACCAUCGCGCGCAUCGUCUCCCGCGCCACGCCCGCCGAGGUCUCGCGCGCGUUCGUCGGCCGCAUGAUGGCGGAUCCGGCGUUCAUCUACAAGCUGCUGCUGGAGCAGGCGGUCACCGUUGGCACGUCGGCCUGGUGGGAGGUCAAGCAACGCGGCGACAGACUGAAGGACGAGUGGGGUCUGGCGUUGACAAACGUGCUGACGCUCUCUCUCUGCAACGCGGCGGUGGUGUGGUCGCUGUCCCCCACGCGCUCCUACGGCUCCACGGCCACGUCGGAGUGGCAGAUGGCGCUACAGAAGCUGCCCAACCACAUGUUCGACAAGAGCUACCCGCUGCGCGAGUUCAACCUGCCCGCCCGCGCCGGCAGCUUCUUCUUUAAUGCUGCGAAGCUCAGCCUCGUGGGAUCCACGGUCGGGGCUCUGGGGGGACUUGCCUCCAACGCUAUUUACUCAGCCGUCUCUAAGGGCAAGGAGGGGUACCGGCCGUCAGUGGUGGUGCCGUCAGCCAGCACGAGUGCAGCGGCGUACGGGGCGCACACAGGGCUGUCAGGCAACCUGCGCUACCAGCUGCUGUACGGGCUUGACCGCGUGUUGCAGCAGCACUUCAACCACAUCCCCGUUGCUGUCCUCGGCACCACCGCCCUCAGGUGUGGCAACGUUCUAUUGGGCGAGCCAUCUCGUCUAAUGUGGUUGGGGAUGGAUGGCGAGGCGCAGCAACAGGCCAAGGCAGAGCAGCAGGCAUACCGCCGCCCGUCCCGCUCGUCCGGUGCCGGCUCCAAGACAAACUCGUUCCUGCAAUCACUGCCCUUCGGCAAGAAAACAGACGAAGCACAGCCCAAGAAAAAGAGCUCUGCUAGGAGAGUGACCAAGGCUGCGGCUGCAGGAGGGGCGGAGAGUGGAGCAGAGGCGGGUGCAGAGGGGGCGGAGAAGGUGCAAGGGACAGGAGGUGCAGCUCGCACGACAAAGCGCAAGGUGAAGCGGAAGGUGUCAGUUGCUCAGUAG